CCGAUUUCGCGGCUGCCCUUUCCGCAGUCUUGAAGGCGUUUAUCGGGCAAGACCCGUCUUAGAAAUCCUAAGGAGAUCACGGCCGCGAGACUGUCGUCUGCGAACUAGUUCUACUGACAUCAUGACUACCUACACCGACAAGGGAGCCAAGCCCGAUGGAGGACGAUUCCUGGCAUUCGACCAUCUCACCUUCUGGGUUGGCAACGCCAAACAGGUGGCCUCGUUCUACUGUUCGAAAAUGGGCUUCGAGUAUCUCUGCUACAAGGGGCUCGAGACGGGAUCCCGCCAGGUGGCAGCUCACGUCGUCAGACAGAACAAGAUCAUCUUUGUGUUUGCCAAUGCGCUUAACCCUGACGACGAAGUGAUGGGCCCUCACCUGGUGAAGCACGGAGACGGCGUCAAAGACAUUGCAUUCAGCGUCGAAGAUCUCGACUCUAUCGUCAAGCGUGCAAAAGAGAGGGGCGCCACCAUCGUCCGGGACAUCUGGGAAGAGACUGACGCUUGUGGUACCGUCCGAUUCGCCACAGUGCAGACGUGCGGCGACACGACGCACACGUUCGUCGAACGCGGCGACUACAACGGCCUUUUCUUGCCGGGCUUCAAGAAACAUCCUUCCAAGGACAGGAGCUACGAGAAGCUGCCCAACACCGGCCUUAACUUCGUCGACCACUGCGUCCUCAACCAGCCGGAUCUAGAGAUGGUUCCUGCAGCCAACUGGUACGAAAAGAGCCUCAUGUUCCACCGUUUCUGGUCUGUGGACGACAAGCAGAUCCACACGCAGUAUUCUGCGCUCAGAUCCAUCGUCGUGACCAAUUACGAAGAAACCAUCAAGAUGCCCAUCAAUGAGCCUGCAAGCGGAAAGAGAAAGUCACAGAUCCAAGAAUACGUGGACUACUACGGUGGUCCAGGAGUACAACACAUUGCUCUCAAUUCCAGCGACAUCAUCGCCUCUAUAACCGCAUUGAGGGAAAGAGGCAUGGAAUUCCUGGACACUCCAGACACCUACUAUACUCAGCUGCGAGAAAGGCUGAAGACAGCAAAAAUUACAGUCACGGAGGACCUCAACACGCUCCAGAAACUGAAGAUCCUCAUCGACUACGAUGACGACGGUUACCUGCUGCAGAUCUUCACCAAGAACAUGCAAGAUCGUCCAACUUUGUUCCUCGAAGUGAUUCAGAGACAUAACCACCAGGGCUUCGGUGCUGGCAACUUCAAGGCUCUCUUUGAAGCCAUCGAAAUGGAACAGGAAGCGAGGGGCAACCUCUACUAAAAUCGAAGAAUUCCCGUCUACGUGCUCGACCAACAUAUAAUACUCAACCACACUACGUCACAACCUGAUGUGCAAAUAAAUACUGCAGCAGCUA